AUGCCAAUUUCCUCUCAUUUUCGCAGAGAUGCAACCGGACAGAGUGUUGACCGCCGUCGCCAUGUCCGUUCGUCUGCCGGGAUGGUGGCGCAGAAUGCUAGCGCUACCGAAGAGUACCAUGGGCUAGCGGCGCAAGCCACACAGCUCACGCGCAGCGCCGAAAAAGAGUUGGCCGUUCGCGCCGAGCAGCCUUGGCCGCCCGGCCGCCACUCCAAACCGGUCAACCCUCGCUCGUCGGUCCGAGCACGCCGAGGCGCCGAGCUCUCUUUGCCAAAUCCCACUGCGCCAGCGCCUGUCAGACUCUGCCGCGCCAAAGAACCCCCGCAUCCACGUCCUCCCGGCCCUCCUUUGCGCUCCAACCAUCCGGUCCCGGCCUCGUGCUCGGCCCUCCGGCUCAUUCUUGAAGCUUGUCUCCCUGCACUUUCGCCUGCCGCCACAGCCGGCCACAAACCUCUGCUUCACCAGACCAAAAUGCGCUACAUCAUCCGAGACGACAAGGCCGCCGUCGGCAAAUACGUGGCCGAAUACGUCGCCAAGCGCAUCAAUGCGCACUUUGAGGUGACCGACCGACCGUUCGUGCUGGGCUGUCCCACCGGCUCCUCGCCGCUCGAGACGUACAAGACGCUCAUCCAGAUCCACCGCGAGGGGCGCAUCUCUUUCAAGAACGUCAUCACCUUCAACAUGGACGAGUACGUCUCGCUGCCCAAGUCGCACCCCGAGUCGUACCAUUCCUUCAUGUGGAACAACUUCUUCAGCCACAUCGACAUCCAGCCCCAGAACGUGCACAUCCUCGACGGCAAUGCGCCAGACCUCGUGGCCGAGUGCAACGACUACGAGGCCAAGAUCCAGGCCGUAGGCGGUAUCGACCUCUUCAUGGCUGGUGUCGGCUCCGACGGCCACAUUGCGUUCAACGAGCCCGGUUCGUCGCUCGCAUCGCGCACGCGCAUCAAGACCCUUGCCUACGACACUGUGCUCGACAACUCGCGCUUCUUCGACAACGACCCGCUCAAGGUACCCCGCAUGGCGCUCACCGUCGGUGUCCAGACGGUCAUGGAUGCACGCGAGAUCUUGGUCAUCAUUGUCGGACAGCACAAGGCUCAUGCGCUCGCAAAGUGCGUCGAAGAGGGCGUCAACCACAUGAACACCGUCUCGUGCAUCCAGCUCCAUCCCAACGCCCUCCUCGUCUCGGACGAGGACGCCACUUCCGAGCUUCGCGUACGCACCGUCAGGUACUUCAAGGGCAUCGAGCGUGCCCAGGAGGAAAUCGAAAAACUCUAUGGUCUUCACGGCCACAAAAAGUCCCCUUCGUCUGGUGGCAGCCCCGUGGUAAACGGUUCCAUCAAUUAG